AUGGGCCUUUCUGAAGGCCGCAAGAUGAACAUGUUCCUUGGUUACUGUGGAUCGGAAGUGUUCGAAACUGCCAAAGACUUGUCAGAGCCUACGCCACUACAAUCGGUUGCUUGGCCCAUGCUCCAGCAGACGCUGAGGAUCCACUACGCUCCUAAGCCAUCUAAGCAUGUCCACCAGCACGAAUUUAAUAUUCACAACCAGAAGGAAGGUGAAUCAAUCAACGAGUACGUUGCGGCUCUACGAAAGGCCGCAGCGUACUGCAAUUUCCGAGACCUAGAUGAGCUUAUUCUUGACCGCAUCAUCUGCGGUGAUGAAGGAUGGGGAAAUAUUGCUAUUGCCAAAUUAAUAUUUGUCAUCUUUACCUUUUUUUCAGAAAUAAAUGAAAAAAAUGGUACAAAUCUUCUCAACAGUUGCUGUGGGACACGACUGGACAGAUCUGUGGAGAGAAUCUAUGGAGGAACCAUUGCAGGGGAAGGGGAAUGGCCCUGGCAAGCUAGUCUCCAGCUAAAUGGCAUUCAUCGUUGUGGAGCAACAUUGAUCAGCAAUAACUGGCUUGUGACUGCUGCUCAUUGUUUUAGAGGUGUCCGAGAUGUCAGAAGUUGGACAAGUAGUUUUGGGGCUCGUCUAAGACCUCCAAGAAUGAGAAGGAAUCUUCGCGAGAUCAUCAUUCAUGAGCAUUAUGCUAAUAAUGUCAUGAACCAUGAAUUUGAUAUUGCUGUUGUACAGCUUUCAUCCCCAGUGGAAUUUACAACUGAUGUACAUCGUGUUUGUCUUCCAGAAGCUUCAUAUAUUUUUCCAGAAAAUACGACUUGUGCUGUUACAGGAUUUGGUGCUCUUAAAGAUGAUGGUCCCAGUGUUGGUGAACUUCGUCAAACAGAAGUGAAAAUUAUAAGUAAUCAAGUUUGCAACAGAAGACAAGUAUAUAAUGGAGCCAUUUCAUCUGGAAUGCUCUGUGCUGGAUACCUGGAAGGUGGAAGCGAUGCUUGUCAGGGUGAUUCUGGUGGACCAUUGGUUACAUCUGAUUCAAGAGGAAUAUGGUACCUUGUUGGCAUAGUAAGCUGGGGAGAUGAAUGUGCUAAGCCAAAUAAACCUGGAGUCUACACACGAGUUACUUACUAUCGAAGUUGGAUUGCUUACCAUACAGGAAUCUGA